AGCUACAAAAAUUCAAUUACCUACUCAACUCCUUAAAAGGGGAACCCCUACAAUCGAUGAAGAAGUUCCAACUCACCAAGCAAAACUACUUAAAAGCCAUAGAAUUCCUCACUGAUAAGUACGGUAAUCCUGAAGAACUCAUUCGCCAGCUCCUCAAAAAGAUGGACAAAAUCUCCCUUCACUCGUCGUCCAUACACGAGCAACGCAGACUAUUGGAAGACAUAGAAGCCAUCAUAGGCCAAUUAGUGCAAAAAGGUGAAAAUGUCGACAAUCAGUCCAUGUAUCAAAAGGUUCUUUCGAAAUUUCCAGUCGGGAUCCAACGUAAAGUUAUUCACAAAAAGAUCACUUCUCCCGACGAACCUUUCACCAUGCAGCAGCUUCUAAAAUAUUUUGAAGUGGUUAUAACCAGCGAGGAACAGGUAUGUCGCCAGAUCAGCGCAACACCUCCUCGAGAUACAGUCAGCUUCGACAACAAAGUCAAACACUGGAAGCCGCCGACAACAAGGCUCCGGUGUAUGUAUUGUAAAGGCGACCAUAAGCCUUUCCAUUGCAGUAAAUACGAAACACCUCAAAGAAGAUACCAGUACCUUCAAAAUAAUAAGCUAUGCAAUAUUUGCGCUUCUCCAUCCCACAGCACAAUUUAG